AUGGCCUUGGACGAGCCAGAGCUUGACCACGACGGGUUCGCUCUCGCGGAGGAUCUGGUGCAGAGUCCGACACACAAGGCGGCCUCAACAACGACUGUCGACUUCGAUGGCCUGUUGGACCCUGGGCUGCUCCUGCACGAGGACCUCGCAAAAGGCAAUGGAGGGCAAGCAUGGCCUGCUGGUGUGAUCCUCACGAAGUACCUUCUACGACGAAAGCGGGAAGAGCUGCGGACGGCCUCAAUUCUGGCCGUGGCAAAAGCGUGCAGUCCCGCAAGUCCUGUUUACAUCACUGAUCAGGGAUCUAUGCUCGCGCUGAUGCAACGCAACAUUGCCCUCAACGACCUCGCGAAGAACGUGAAGGCCUGCGUGUAUGACUGGGGACAAGCACAACCUGACGACAUCCCACAAACACCGCCGGACGUCGUGCUCGCAGCGGACUGCGUGUAUUUCGAGCCUGCAUUUCCAUUACUGCAACAGACGUUACAGGAACUCCUUGGCCCCUCGACGGUCUGCUAUUUCUGCUUCAAGCGACGAAGAAGAGCCGACAUGCACUUCAUGAAGGCAAUCAAGAAGAAGUUCCUGGUCGAAGACAUCAUCGACGACCCAGACCAGCCAAGCUAUUCCCGCGAAAACAUAUAUCUCUCCGAGUGCAGCUCAAAGCUUGUCUACCCUGCCCUGCGCCCUGUCAAGCUUCCUCCAAUCGUUUCCGCUCGUGUCACCUCAUCCAAGAGGAUUCCAACCACCAGUACCUAUACAUCAACGCGGCUCGGUGAACGCCUGAACGGCGAUGAAUGCGCGCCGUCAAGUCCCAAGUGCAACAACCCUGCCAGCCAAGUCCUGGGCAAAGCGGUCCACUUCGAUGCAGCGCUUGGGCGUGGGGAUUUGGAAGCUUGA